AAGGGUCAGACCGUAUAUGUUAUCGCGAACUAGAAAAGUCUGUACCAAAACAAUUUUUUGUUCAAAAGAACCUAAUUUUAAUUCAAAAAUUCGGUAAUUAAACGGAUCGGUACACUCAGACAAGUUUUGAAUGUAACUAUGGUUGGCAAAAACUUCAAGGCCCUCUCGCACUUCCAUUGCCUCUCCGAAUACAUAGUACAGUGCAAGCACUGCGACAAAACACUCUCCUCCAAACACACUUCAUCGAAUCUGACGCGCCACCUAAUAAGGAACCACAAGCUACUGGCUCGACAGAUUUUUGCGGGCGAAGAAGGCAAGAUGCUGGCUGAGCUAAAGGACGAGUUGGAGGCGGCGGCCUCGGCCUCUGAAGACAUGCACAUGAUGGACGAUGGCGACGGCGACGGCGAGGGAGAGGGGGACGGCGAAGGCGAGACCAAGAGUGCUGUUCGCACUAUUAUGAGCGUUCAGCAGCAGCUGGAUCGACAGAGCCAGGAAGCGGAGAUGCGGAACAAAGUAAUUGGCAAGAACAACAAGCUGUGGGCGCACUUUGUGCGUAUUUCGGAGUUUAUGGCCAAAUGCAAGCACUGUGGGAAGAUAUUAUCCUCCAAACACUCGUCGUCCAACUUGAUGCGUCACAUCGUGCGCCGCCAUCACAAUCUCUCGAAGACCUUAGACCACUCUCAUCAUCACUUGAUGGUGCCCAAAAAAGAGAUCGUGUGCAACGUUGAGAGCAGGCAGAUGGCGGAUCCACUGGAGAAAGUCAACUUCGAUGAUGUAGAUAGCAUUAUUGAGAAGGUGACGGAUCAUUUGGAGGACGAGGUAACUUCGAUUUCGCUGCAGGAACCCUUUUACGAGUACGUCGUCGACAACACCGAAGACGUUGGGGAUAAGCAUGAUUAUCCCGAAUCGAGCGACAUGCACCACAUAGUCCGAGCGGACUCCGCCUCGCUUUCGGAGACCACCACGAAAAUGGACGAGAAGCUCAAAGCUGAGACAAUAUACUUUAAUGAGAUGGCCGAAUUGGCCAGAUCCAAGCGGAGACUAAUCGACCUGCAGGCCAAGAAGCUCCUCCUCGAUAUGAACGUUCUGGAAAACUAACAACACAACGGCACACAGGCGGAUACGUUUAUUUUAAUACGUAUAUAUAUUAUGUAGAUGAAAUGGAUGGGCGAUAUGAUUAAGUAUGUAACAAAUUAUAAUUUAAACAAUAA